UUUUUCUCCGUUCUAUUUAUCUUUUUUCCUCUUCUUCUUCUUCCUAGUUAUUGCAUUAUUCUUAUUAAGUCAUAUUCAGCUAAUCUAUAUACAUAUAUUUUUUUAUCUUUACAUUAUUAUUACACACACCUUCCAUAUUGAGCACCAAUGUACGAAAUUGGAUACGAAGAAACAAAACCAGAAAGCAAAAAAAGAGUUAGAGCCAGUCAAGCUUGUGUUCACUGCAGAAAGAAGAAGAUCAAAUGCGACGAAGCCAGACCCGAUUGCACUCAAUGCCAGGAAGCCAAUGUUGUUUGUGAAUACACCGAACCCAAGAAAAGAGGACCCCGAAAGGGAUAUGUCCAAUUAUUAGAAGAACGACUUGCCCAAAUGGAAAGAAAACUGAUGGGUCCUAAUUCGGCAGGAAUAGGCAAUACCAAUAACAAACUCCACACAAGUGAUGAGGAGAAUACCAGCUUUUCAUCUGCCUCAGUCCAGGCACAUUCUCCCAUUCAACUCUAUGAAAAUCCAGAAAUUUGCGUAGAUCUUCCACCUUUGGAUAUUGUGAAUCAUCUUGUGGAUUUGUUCUUUAAAUAUAUCAAUUCAUUAUUUCCAUUUGUGCACAGACAUGUGUUAAAAAAGUCAAUCAAGGACGGCACCGUGUCGCGGCCCUUACUAUAUAGUGUGUUAGCCAUUAGUGCAAGGUAAUGUUUCUUCCAUAAAGCACAAAAAGAACUGACAGAUUUCAUGUUAAAACUCAGAUUUCUUUUAUCUUUUUCACAUUCAGGUUUUCAGAAAAUCCUGCUAUUCGUAC